CCGUUCCGCCUCCCCGCUAACAAACCCCCCAAAGCGAAAAAGAUCGCCGUCGUCGUCGGAGUCGUUGUUCCAUUGCGUUUCUAGAGAGAGAGAGAGAGAGAGAGAGAGAGAGAGACAGAUGGCCGGCGGCGGCUUUCCGGCGUGACUCCACAACCACCGGAACUGCACCCAAUGGAAACCGUGAAAGCCGUCCGGAACCCGGCGACCGACGCCCUGCUGGCGUGGUUUAAGGGCGAGUUCACGGCGGCUAACGCCAUCAUUGACGCGCUCUGCCAACACCUCAGGGUCGUCAGCGGCCCCGAUCGUUGGCCGGAAUAUGAUCAGGUCUUUGCGGCCAUCCACCGUCGGCGGAUGAAUUGGAUUCCCAUCCUCCAGACGCAGACGUAUUUCUCCAUCGCGGAGGUCGUCCUCGCGCUCCGUGACGCCACCGCCGCCGUAGCCGCCCAACGGGCGAGGAAGCAGGAGGUGAAGAGUAGGACGGCGGUGUCGGUGGUGCCGACGAAGACAACUGAUUGCAGGAAGGAAGUGGAGGAGGAGGACACGGAUACGAGAAAUGAGGUGACGAAGGAGACCGUGGGGGAGGAGGAGGAAGAGAGGAGCAAGGGAAACCCGGAGGAGGAGGAGGAGGGAAAGAGGAGUAAGGGAAACCCGGAGGAGCAGGAGGAAGAGAGGAGUAAGGGAAAUCUGGAGGAGGAGAGGAGCAUUGGGAUCCCAGCGGCGGCCGUGGAGAAGGAGGCGGCUGAGGAGCCGGAAAGCUUGGAGUUAGAGACGGAGCAACCGGUCGAGGAGGAGGAAAAGAAGGAAGGUGUCACGGUUAGGGUUUUGGAAUCGGAGACCGAAUGGGCAUCGGAUGCUGCGACGACGGAUGUGCAGGCGGAAGCGUCGCCUGUGGAUCAGGACGUUCCGGCGCCUGGCGAUCUCGCAGUUUCAGGAAUCUCAAACAGUCCAAUUGCUUUGGAAGAUGUUCACACUUCCUCUGAACGUGAUGAUUGUAAUCAAAGGCUGGCAAGGGUCAGGACCACUAAAGGUUUCAGUGCAAAGGAGACAAUAGAUGGACACAUGGUUAAUGUUGUAAAAGGCUUAAAGUUGUACGAUGAUAUAUUUAUCGAUCAGGAGCUCUCCGAUCUGCUUUCCGUUGCCAAUGAGCUGCGUGUAGCUGGUCAGAAAGGGGAGCUCUCAGGUGAGACAUACAUAUCCUUCAACAAGCAAGUGAAAGGUAACAAAAGAGAGAUGAUACAGCUUGGAGUCCCAAUCUUUGGCCAGAAGGAGAAGCCAAUCAACGUUGAACCAAUUCCAGCUGCUUAUGAAGCUAUUAUUGAUCGCUUGGUGGCUUGGCGUCUAAUACCAGAAAGCAGAAAACCGAAUUGUUGUAUUAUCAACUACUUUGACGAGGGGGAAUGCUCUCAACCAUACUUGAAACCACCACAUAUUGAGCAACCAAUCUCUACCAUUUCACUGACUUCCGACUGCAAGAUGGUCUUCGGCCGAAUUCUAAUGAGUGACCGCCAUGGAAACUACAAGGGCUCGCUGGAACUCCCCCUCAAUGAAGGGUCACUCGUAGUGAUGCGAGGGAACAGUGCAAGCACAACUCACGCGAUAUGCCCUUCUCCAAAUAAGAGAGCUACAGUGACAUUCGUCAAGGUUUCUGCAGAGCCCAACAACCAUAGUCGGCAACUGGUGAGCACCAAGAAGCCCCUGCUGGCGAGGAAAAUGACGCUUUGGCAGGCGAGCGGGCUGCAGGAGAAGGAGAAGGCCCUCUCGGGCAAGUUGGUCAGCAGCAGCCCUCGUAGCUGCAGGACAUUAGCAGGCGGAGUCCCCAGGUGGGGAGUCCUCCAUGUCCCCUUGGUCUCGGUUGCAGCAGGGUGGCCCCUCAUCAUCCGGAGGAAGGUACCACCUGCUGGCACAGGCGUCUUCAUACCUAGCAAAGCUAACUCGGUUGCGUCCAAGACCAGUCCUAGACAAAGCAAAGCCAGAGAUAACCCUGGAAGCAACAACCCUUCAGGUUAAAGCCCUCUUCUUUUUUUUUCCCCCUCUCUUUCUUUGGCUUUUUCUUUUUUCUCUCCUUUUGUUUUUCUUUUUCGGUUGGAAAUGUUGAUUGGGACAAAGAGGGCAGAUCGCAAAGAGUUUAGGAAAGAGGGAGAUUGUGCAGAAAAGAUUGGGUGAAUGUUCUCAUUCUUCUCACGUUCACCUUGUGUUAUAUCAUCUGGAACUAAUUUCAUCUUUGUUGCUUGUGGCA